CGUUUGAAAAAAGGCGAAACCGCGACCACUUUACACACCGAUUCCCCCUCGUUUGCGUUUUUUGGGCUCUAUAUUUCUCUGUACCUUUGUUCGUAUUUUCUCGGGAGGGCUCAGUCCUUAGAUGUUCUAACGUUUUAGGGUGGGGUGGGUCUGGGGAUCCAGGAGUUUGUUCUCUUGUAUCCAGGAGUUUUGUUCUCUGGUGGUGAUUGUUCUUUCUGAUAAUCGAAGAGAAUGGUUAUUACUGACGAGAACAAUCCCGAUUUGAACAAGCCCACCAAUCUUCAAGGAGGGAUAGAGAUGGGUAAUAGAAAGUUCGGUCAGGAGAUUAUCCAGAACAGAAGGGCUUUAAAUGUCAUUAAUCAGGGUUUAGUGGGAGGUCGAGCAUACCCUUAUGUAGUCAACAAAAGAGCCUUGUCAGAAAAACAUGAAAUCUGCGGAAAAAAGCAGUCUGAUCCAGUGCAUCGACCGAUUACGAGGAAGUUCGCCGCACAAAUUGCAAAUACGCAGCCAGCUUGUCCCCCGGAAACCAAGAAAGCGAACCAAUCAGCCUCGAAUGGAUUUGGAGCCUCCAUCUUUGUAGACGAGGAACACAACUCACAUAAAGAAGACCAACCAGUGCCCAUGUUUUUAGAACAAACGGAAGCAAUGCCUAGUGAAACUGAUGAGACGGAGGAGGUUGAAAUGGAGGAUAUAGCUGAGGACCCGUUCAUGGAUAUUGACAGCUGCGAUGCGAAGAAUCCACUUGCAGUUGUGGACUAUAUUGAAGAUCUGUAUGCCUAUUACAGAAAAAUGGAGAGUUUUAGUUGCGUCUCACCAAACUAUAUGGCACAACAAUGUGACAUUAAUGAGAGGAUGAGAUCCAUACUGAUUGAUUGGCUUAUUGAGGUACACGACAAGUUUGAACUCAUGAACGAGACAUUGUUCCUAACAGUUAACAUUAUAGACAGAUUUUUAUCCCAGCAAACAGUGGUAAGAAAGAAACUUCAGUUGGUUGGUUUGGUUGCCAUGCUCUUGGCAUGCAAGUACGAGGAGGUUUCUGUUCCUAUAGUUGGGGAUUUGAUUCUUAUAUCAGACAAAGCUUACACAAGGAAGGAGGUUCUGGAUAUGGAGAGCUUGAUGCUAAACACAUUGCAGUUCAACAUGUCAGUUCCAACCCCAUAUGUUUUCAUGCGAAGGUUCCUCAAGGCUGCUCAAUCGGACAAAACGCUUGAGCAACUGUCCUUCUUCUUAAUUGAGCUUUCGUUUGUGGAGUAUGAGAUGCUCAGGUUCCCACCAUCUUUAUUAGCAGCUGCUGCCAUCUAUACUGCUCAAUGUACUCUUAACGGGUUCAAGCAGUGGAGUAAGACCUGUGAAUGGCAUACCAGCUACUCAGAAGAUAAGCUAUUGGACUGCUCAAGACUAAUGGUAGGUUUCCAUCAAAAGGCAGCAACAGGGAAACUCACAGGGGUACAUAGGAAAUACUCUACAUCUAAGUUUGGCUAUACUGCAAAAUCUGAACCAGCUCAUUUUCUUUUGGAUACCCAACUAUAGCAGACCAUGUACAGCUACUAACUCAUUACAUGACUUUGUAAUUGGGUUGAUUGGAGAUGGGGAAUGAAUACUCAUCAUAACACAGCAACGUGGGUUGCACUGGGGAUUGCUUUCCAACCUCGGUUGUUAAUUGCACACAGCCAUGGUUGUUUUCCCAAGUUCUAAUUGAACUUACUCAUCUGUUUCCCCCUUCAAAUUGUACUUCUAUUGUUGUUCCCUUUGAACAAUAAUGUAAUGACAAUAUCAUAUUUCAAUUUUUAUUAAAAUAGUUAUCUUCA